UCCGCAUCCUGGAUCGGGUUCUGCCGGCUGACACGGACACGCAUUACGGGAUACAAGCGCAAGGCCCUCGGCGAUCCUUCCGCCAAGCUGUCGGGGGAUGCUCCACGGGCGCACUUCACCAACAUCUUCUUCAGUGAGAUCAUCUCGCCACUGCUUCUGAUUGUCGUCUGCCUGAUCCCGUACUUGUUUAUCAACGCACAGACGGGCGUGAACGAAAACAAUAACCCCGACAAAGAGCUCGAAGCCACGAACUCGCUCAUCCGCGUUGGCAUUGUGGCUUUUGCACCCGUCGCCGUCAACGCUGGCGUUCUUGGAGGGAUGUUUGCCCUGGCUUGUUGCGCGGGUCCUUUGCUGUCCAUGUGUUGCAAAAAAUUCGGCGCUGUCCUUGCCGCCAUCGCCCACGCCAUCGCAGUCAUCAUGCUGCUUGCCUUCUUUGAGGUCAUGUUCUUCCUUGAAGGCUGGUCAUUCAGCAAAGCCGUGCUCGGAAUGAUCACGGUCGUUGCUAUCCAGCGAUUCGUUUACAAGCUGAUCAUCGCUCUGGCUCUGACGCGUGAAUUCAAAGCGGACGCUUCGAACAUCGCAUGGUGGACGGGCAAAUGGUACGCCAUGGGUUGGCACACUAUCUCUCAGCCGGGCCGUGAAUUCCUCUGCAAGAUCACUGAGCUUGGCUACUUUGCAGCGGACUUCAUCCUAGGACAUAUCCUGCUAUUCAUAAUGUUGCCCCCGCUGCUUGUCCCGUAUAUCGACAAAGUCCAUUCGGUUAUGCUCUUUUGGCUGCGUCCAAGCCGACAAAUUCGACCUCCCAUCUAUUCCCUCAAGCAGACCAAACUCCGUAAACGACGCGUCAUCCGCUACAGCAUCCUGUACUUCACCAUGCUGAUCGUGUUCAUCGCGUUGAUUGCCGGACCUCUCGUUGCUGGCGGCGCUCUGAAACUUGAGGAGAUGAAAAUCGAAAUGCAGCUCCUGCAGCCUAGCAAGAUGGAGAACAAUGACACGCGGGGCUACACUAAGACCGGCCGUACACUAGAAGACCCCGAAGCCACUGCCGGCGGCGGAGGUAUCGAUAGCACGGAAUCCAGUGGCGGCGGUGGCGGUAGCGCCACAGAAUCGGCCGGCGCUGAUACCACCGACAGUCCAUUUGCAUCCGACAACCCAUUCCCCGCACGUUAUGUGAUGUACUAGGGGAGCAGUGGACGGGUGCGACGCAGUGAGAGAAAACGAAGAAUAAAAUGGAUUAUGCGCGGAAGCUCUCUCAAGAUGGCCAAACUCCUCCCAGCAUAGCCAGUCCAAGAAGAAUCACCGUAAUGGAUACGUCGCGAUUAGGGUGGGUGAAGAAUUCAAUGAAAUCUAUUGUUGUUUUAAUUGGCUGGUGAGAUUUGUCCCCAACAUUUU